AUGAAAACGACUGAACAGACGGGGCUACCGAAAAAGAAAGUCACUAUUCAUCAGUCGAGCCUUUGGCAAAGCUGGGCAUGUGCACAUGACGAUAAUCAGUCCAUCCGUUCAUCUGUCCAUCCUUCCGUCCUUACGACCAUCCGCCAGUUUGCCAGUUGGCCAGUUGGCCAGUUGGCGAUUUCCAGAGAGAAGCCGACAGAAGCAGGUCGGAAUGCGGAUCAAAUAGCCGGGAAAGGUGAUUGGAGCAGACGAGUUUGUUUCCGCCACACGGACUGGGUCAACCGGAGGCUACCUGUGGCGAAACGAUACCGAACCGACCAGACAGACGGAUUGGCACACCAAGCCGACGACAGACCGAUACAGGAAUGCAGGAGACGUCUCUCCGAUGCCCGACGUGUGUCGCGAGCGUACUGGGAGCAGACAGACGAGACUGGUCAGGAAAGAGGGAGAGAGGGAGAGACGUUUGCUGUAUCGAGUCGGCCGAGCGACGGACGAGUCUUUCAAGUGGCCGCCAAUUUUGCGCAGCCCGUCGAUUGGUCUGUCCAGUUGACCGGCCAGUUCUGCGGCCCCCUCGGCCAGUUUCCUCGGCCGAACCGACCCCCACCCCCACCCCCGCCAAAUCUGUACCAGUCAGCCGCUGGCUCGAUCCCUCCCGUAGAGCCUAAUUUUCGAUCCAGCCCAGCCCGGCCCGGCCCGGCCCGAUAUGUGCAACUACUUCACACAAGACUCUUGGCCACAGCUCAUUAUAGUCGUGUUUCUCAGGUCCUGUUGUCGUUGCUGCCUCCGCCGCGGACCUCCUUUCAACCCGACCACAACCUCAGCUCCUCAGCUCGCUCCGCUGCCUUCGUAGACUCCGUCAAACUGCCCUCUUGGCCAGGUCUGCCACGGCCGCAGAAACACACAACUGUUACGCCUAGAAGCUCGAUCAUCCCGAGACCUCUCAGCCUCCCACCGGCCAAGUCUGCUGCCCUCCAGGCAACAGUAACGACAACUGCAACUGCAACUGCGACUACGGCGACCACAACGGCGACGGCGACGGCGACAGCGACUCACCCGAUUAACCCUGACUUCAAGUCUCGCCAAAUCGGACCAGAGGAAGGGCUUCGCGUGUCCGGCCUCGGCUGCGAGUCGGCCUCCUUCGGCGCGUACCUGCAGAUGCGCCGCAGUAACGACGGCCACCCCGUCGACGUCGUCGCCAUCUCCUCUUCCUCCUCCGAGUCCCGCCGCCCCGAACUGGGCUACCCCGAGGCCUCGGCGGAUCGGCUCGCGACUGCUCUCCCCUUCGGCUCAGGCAGCCUCGGCCGAAACUCACUUCUGUCACAUCACAACCCUCCUUCAGCCUCGCCGUCUCCCUCGACCUCAGCCUCGGCAUCGCCCCCAACCUCAGCUGAAGUGGCCACCAGUCGUCUCCACGACAACCACGUCAGCUGCCUCGUCUACGACAGACCUGCCGACUGGCACCAACCUUCAACCAGAUCUCGAGGUACCGAACAGUAUCCCACCUUCGUGACGCCCCUUCUCGAGUCACCCGGUCCAGCCGUUUCUCCAAACCCCAGCCUCCUCGAGCCGCCCCAACAUACAGAACCGCUUUUUCUCCACCAGACCACUCUCGAACCGGACGACUUGACACCAACCAUCUGUCAUCCACACACCUAUCCACACCACCCUCACCCACCACACACAUCCCACCACCACCACCAGCAACAACAACAACUUAUACUAUUACAGCAACAACAACAACAGCAGCAGCAGUCAAUGACGUUUCAGCCCCACUUGGCCCACCCAGACCAGAAUUCUCUUCCUUUCCUCUCGCCCCACUCCGGUGCCUCGGGGCAGCCCUACCAACAGUUGCAUCACCAACAACAACAAAUCGAAAAUCAGCAGCUCUAUGAGGCAUUGCCUCUUGGAAGGCCAAAUGAGGCAGACUACCUACGCCACGAGGUCUCAUCUGCCUCUCAGUCGACAAGCAAAAGUCUAGGUCAUCUUCCAGGAGCCCUCGAGUCUAGCCAACAACAAGCAGACGAACAUCGAGGCCACCCAUCACAGCCUCACACUUUCCUCCCCACCUUUAACCCACACCACAUGCCACCCCAGAAUUUCACAUAUCCCGGUGCUAUUUGUGAAUCGGACACCGACGAGGCGGACGCAAGCAACCCCGGCUUGUUGACUGCAUCCAAGCUUGGCCUAGCCAGCCUCAGCCCGGAAUCGGAGCACAGCUACGGUCUGGCAUCCAAUGGCGGCCUCAACGAUGCCUACGUCAAACCACCUUAUUCCUACAUUGCGUUGAUCUCAAUGGCCAUCUCAGAACAACCAGAACAAAGGGUCACUCUAAAUGGCAUUUAUCGGUACAUCAUGAAUAGUACCGGGGAUGCGAGGUAUUUGUUUCCGCCCCUCUGCCCAGUCGCCUCUUCAACUGGGCCACUUGGCGUGCCCAUGCGCCCAGACUUGGCAGCCACGACACCUUUUCUGGCCCCAGUGGAAUUGGACUGUACGUGCAGGUCUGUUGAGCAGACGGAGCCUACAGACGGUGGUCACCUCUGCCCGAGUGCCACAGCCUUCCUACCCCCCCGCUCCCGCAACACCCUCCGUCCUGGCAAAUUGCGUCUGCAACUGAUCAUGGCUGCACCAGUUGAUCGUCUGUACGGUCGCGGGGCCGUCACGUUGAAGCGUUCCGAGUCGAGCCUCACGAUACCGUACCAAGUGCCUCUCCCGCUGGGUUGGAAGUGUAGCAAACCUGGCUCUCGGUACCACAUUUACGACCCGAACGAAGCAAUCGGUCAGAGUCCUGUUGAAAAACGUGUCGGAACGCGGCUUUGUGAAGCAUCAAUCAAGGCCUGA